AUGAAGAUUUUCUCAUCGCAACACGAAUUCGGCUACUCCUGGGAACAGGUCUCUGCUGCCAACUGGAAAAAGUACCCCAAUGAAAUGUCAAGCCAUGUUGUGGCCGUCGACGUUCUUCGCCGUGAAAUCGACCCCAAGUCAGGUGUCCUCCGCACUGAACGUCUUAUCACUUGCCAACAAGCUAUCCCCAAGUGGAUUCUCGCCUUGGUCGGUGGCUCCAACAUUUCUUAUGUCCGCGAAGUCUCAGAAGUCGACCCUCAAUCAAAGACCCUAACUCUGCGGUCAGUCAACCUUACCAUGAACACUUUACUUUCUGUCUACGAAACUGUCGUCUACAGUCCUAACCCUCAAAACCCCAUGGCUUCUACUCUUUUCAACCAAGAAGCACGCAUUACAGCCUAUGCAUCUUUCAAGCGCAUCUGCAACAAGAUUGAGGACUGGAGUGUCGAGCGUUUCAACCAAAACGCAAAGCUUGGUAAGGCAGGCUUUGACAGUGUUCUCAACAAGAUUUAUGAAAAGGUCCAAGAAGGUGUCUUUAGAGAAGAGCAUGCUAAGCUCUAA